CUUGGUUUGCAAUAAUGUUGCACGAGCGACCCGACGGUGCGUAAAGAAACUGUCUUCCUGUGGUGUCUCGGUGCGGCUCUGUUGCUGUUGCAGCUACCUAAUCAGUGAUACAGCAUUGAUACAGACAUUAAGGUAGUGAACACACAGAAACGUCAACAGCUACCACACCUAGCAACAGGGUUGUCAGGUCAGGACGCAGGAAGUAACUUGCUAGCUUGCUAACUUAGCCAUUCCUGCUAGCUGCAAACCUCGGCCAUUGCUAGCUGCGGCGCACACUACUUAUCGGCUCUUACCGAUGUGGUUAUCCUCGAUGUGCACGAUUAGCUCGGCCAGAGAGUCGAAGUGAAGUCCGCAGCCCCCGAACCUGCAAGCGUUGGAGAAGAAAGAAGCAGCGGCGAUGCCUGUCAUGGUCGCUGCUGCAUUGGAAAUGAGGAGGGCAGGCAGCAGCAGCAGCAGCAGCGAGCAGCGAGGGUAACAGCAGGCGGACAGCGGUGCGAACAGCUGGAGCGGCAGGGGCGGUGCGGCGACUUCUCCCAGCUGGAGAGCGACAACAAGACCGGAAUUUUAUGAGAAGGUGGCCAGAGUGAUGAACUCAGACCAGGAAAGGCCGUUCGUGUGCAACGCUCCUGGCUGUUCUCAGCGAUUUCCCACGGAGGACCAUCUGAUGAUACAUCGACACAAACAUGAGAUGACCCUUAAGUUCCCCUCCAUAAAGAACGACAACAUGUUAUCAGACCAGACGCCCACACCAACACGCUUCUUGAAGAACUGUGAGGAGGUGGGAUUGUUCAGUGAACUGGACUGCUCCAUUGAGCAGGAGUUUUGCAAGGCCCAGGAAGAAGAGGACAAUAAACAGAAUAUCUCACUGCACGGCCAGGCAGGCCAAGGCCAGCACCAGCAUUCCCACUCACGGAUGGGCAACCAUGAUACCAGCAUAGUGAUCCAGCAGGCCUUGCCCUCUCCUCAGUCUAGCUCCGUCAUCACUCAGGCUCCAUCCACCAACAGACAGAUAGGGCCUGUCCCCGGCUCUCUGUCCUCAUUGCUGCACCUACGAAACAGACAGAGACAGCCUCUGCCAGCCUCCAUGCCUGGAACUCUGCCAGACCCAACCAUGCCUGGCUCCUCUGCUGUGCUGAUGCCUAUGGAGAGACAAAUGUCCAUGGGCUCCAAUAUGAUGGGUAUGCAAGGACCCACCCACAGCAGCUCUUGCUCUUCCACUCACAUUCCCUCCAUGCACUCAGAAGCCAAACUGAGGCUGAAGGCUGCACUUUCACACCACCCGGGUGCCAUCGCCAACGGCAACAUGAACUCCAUGGGCCACAUGAUGGAGAUGAUGUCAUCGCGGCAGGAGCAAGGCGGCCACCAUCACAUGCACUCACACCCGCACCAGCACCUGCAAGCCCCUCCCCACGCAUACCAGCACCACGGCCAUCAUCACCACAGCCAGGGCCACAGCCAGGGUGGACACCACCACCCGCAGGGACACAACCCCCAUCACAACUCCCACAAUCCUCACCUCCAUCCCGGGCACCCACACCAGACCUCACCGCACCCUCCAAUGCACUCUUCUUCACAUAUGUCACCUGCAACCCAGCAGAUGCAGCCCACACAGACGAUGCAGUCUCCGCCCCCUAGCGGCGGCCGGCGCAGGCGAGUAGUGGACGAGGAUCCGGACGAACGUCGGCGGAAGUUCCUGGAGCGGAACAGAGCAGCAGCAACGAGAUGCAGACAGAAGAGAAAAGUGUGGGUGAUGUCAUUAGAAAAGAAAGCGGAAGAGCUCACUCAGACCAACAUGCAGCUUCAGAAUGAAGUGACCAUGCUAAAGAACGAGGUGACCCAACUCAAGCAGCUUCUCCUCACACACAAGGACUGUCCCAUCACCACUAUGCAGAAAGAGUCCCAAGGUUACCUCAGUCCAGAGAGCAGUCCGGCGGGCAGUCCAGCGCCAGCGUGCUCCCAGCAGCAGGUCAUUCAGCACAACACCAUCACCACCUCCACCACAACCGUAGGGGGCAGCAGUGUGCACGGGCAAACCAACCACCGCACAGACAUUAACCCCAUCCACUAGGGAGAGGAGAGACUAGAACCCCAGCUGUAUCCCCAAACAACCCCCUACUACCCUGCUUUCUGAGGGUUGCCAGCUGCACUUGCUGCCCCCCCCCCCCCCCAUCAAGAAAAACCUCAAAGGCCUGUGAGGCUGUUCUUUAUACAGUAGCUACAGUAUGUAUUUUUAUAGACCAACCCUGUUAAUGCGUAAAUGUUCUAUGGUUUGCCUGUUGUAUGUUUUAUCUGUUUUUUGUGCUUUUAGCAAAAAGGGAGUUUUGCUAAUCUCAUUCAGCAUUUAAGUGACUUUUUCCUGUUGUGUAAUGGUACAAAAUGGACCAAGGUGGUCAAGAAACCAGAGGAAAGAGACACAAGCCUCAGACAGUCAUCUCUACAUGCAAACCUUACAUCUCUGUAUGCCUGACGGACUGAAAUAUGAAUCAGAUCACUAUUUGAAUAUCACAUGUGGACAGUAUGUUGAGUGUAUGCAAUAGACUGUGAGUGAAUAAGUGAGUAGGAUGUCGCUGCCUUUAAGUUGUCUUCUGACGCUAAGUCAAACUGUCACCAUGAUGUCUUGGAGAGGAAUAUGCAAGCCGGUGUAAUGAUGCUUUUCUUUCCUAGAAACGGAUAUGACUGUUAACCUUUUCCCUGUCAGCGGUAUUCUUAGAGUGUGUUAUAAAGCAUGACAGUGAAAACAUGACCAAAUGGAAGCAAUACAUCGCAGUAUUGAUCAUAUUCUCUGCCGUACGUCCACAUCACGAUCAGCAUGGCCAAGCCACUCUGGUCUCGAGGACAUGCGAUGCUGUUACAGCUACAGAACUGUACACUGUGAUACCAGUGAGGCAGCUUGGGGAUUUGAAACAAACUCCUCCGCUCUCCAGGACCAACUGAAGCUUUAAUUACUGAGGCCUCUCUUUUUGUGCGAUUGUGCAUCUGGAUCCACAUUUUGGUGGUCACAUAUAACAUUCGAUUACGUGUGUCUGCAUAGUUUUGGGUGUGCAUGUGAAUGAUAUGUAUUAUGCAUUUGUGUUUUGUCUUCUUUCUUCUGCAGAACAAAGUUCAGCAGGGGUGUAAAGAAAGAAAAACAAAAAAGUGUGUGAGAAAGACUAUGAGCAUGAUUGUUUUGUUUUUUCACUGGCAUCCCACAACUGGCAGAGUGGUUUACAGUUUCUAAAGAGGAGCAGUUUAUGCCUGUGCUUUCCAAAAUGUCACAAUGUGCCUAAAUCUUUCUUAAAAUCUUCUGUUGGCUUACUGUAGACAGCAAAGUGCCACUCAUUUUCUUCAAAUAGUCAAAAACAUUUAACUCAGCAUAUUAUUAACGAGUUUUCUCCGUUAUCAGCUUUGUUGUGUAUGUCUGCUGAAUGUGAGGGCAAGACCAGCUGACUAAAGAGAGAAAUACCCAUUUACCAUUUGACCUCUUCAUCAAUUUUUCUAUCUCAGGCCUCCUCUGCAGUAUCAGAUUGGAGACAGAUGAUACUGGCUUGACCUUUUUUCAUCCCCUUUCCAGCCUUGAAACAUCAUGCCUUCUCAUUGACCACAACUCCUAUUUUUCCUCUGUCCUAUGACCAGGAAUGUUGAUUCAUUAACGUGAUGACCAUAAUGCACUGUGUUCUACAGGAGGUUGGAUGAAAUACAUUCCACUGACAGGUGGAGCAAUCGCAGAGCUGUCUAUGCACUUUGUCCUCUGUCGCGCCAGAGGGUUGAAUAGCCAUAUUAAGGUCCGAGUAAUUCUCAGUGAGCCCCCUUUUUCACACACCAGCGAGAAACUUAACUGUGUUUGGCUUUAUGGAGAGCCUGUGCCUGGCAUGCAUCAUACAUGUCUAAGAAAAUGGGAACCUAGAGCUCAUAUUCUAGGAUAAGGCUCAAUUAAGGACCCUGUGCCCUGUUAAUUCUGUAAAAAAACAAAAACAAAAAAAAUAAUAAAUAACCUGCAGUUUUGUCGAAGAUGAAGGAAGCUUACAUGCUAAUUGAAAAUCUGUAUCCUCAUAAUUCAAGUUUUGUGGAAACAUUCAGACUGUUAAUGUCACGUCUUAACCUUGGAGUCUGUGUGCGCAGUUUGAUAUGUGUGGUGAUGAGACAGACAAAUAGAUUCUCUUGAAAAGGGCUUUGCUGCAACGACCCUUUCAACUGAAGCUUGCCUUAUUUCGUGUGAAAAUGUGGGUAUGACCUCAAAAUACUUUCAACUGGAAUCACUUGGAGGGUGUUGCUAUUUUAGAGUUAGAUAUGAAGUUUCAUUUUUGACAGUGGAUCCGUGUUCAGCAAAAAACAUUUGUGACUGUAGAGGCAGACAAAAAGGACAGAUGGGAGUGCAGUGAGUGUGUUUGUGAAAGUGGAGAACAAUUCCUACACGUUAAUGAUGUUAUAAUUGUAUUAUUUUAAAUCUAAAACUAUAAAUAUUGUACAUAAUGUCAUUAAUUUCUGUUAUCCUGUACAUGUAAUGCAACCACCUUUCUUUUUGAAGGGAGUAAAUGUGUGGUACAUGUUUGUAAAUAAUAUUUGCAUAGCACUUGCCUUUUGUUGUACGUUGAGGCUCAUUUCAGCGCUUAAAAUACAUUGUUUAUAUGUAAUGAACUGAUGAAUCCAUUCUUUCCUGCAUAACUUUGUACAUUUUUUUGUGCCUGUAAUGAAAUUGUCCCCAUUUUGUUUUGUAUUUGUACAGAUGUUAAAGUGUCACUGCAGUUACAUUACGGUAUGAAAAUAAAGCACUUGUUCUGGAACA